AUGGAGUUCAGUACAGGUGAUAUAACAAAUGAUUUAUCAUUAGAUGGCACGCUAGAUCCGCGAGUUACUUUCAGAGAGUUAGAGGAUCUCAACAUUGGGUCUACGAGCUUAGCAUCACCAGGAGAUUCAGGAUCAUGUACUUGGAAUGAUGAAAGACGAGCCGCUACUCGGAGCUCAUAUCGCCCGACCGGAUGUUGUUAUGAUGAUAGGAUGAGGCUGCAUACAAAUGCUGACUGUUCCGCAGAGCCUCACCACCCCGAAGAUCCGCGUCGUAUAACGGCUAUAUUCCAUCAUUUUCGGGAUGCUGGCCUAAUCUUCUCGGGCUCUGAGUUAGAAUUAAGAGAAGUCUUGAAGAGUUCGCCGACGUCUUUCAUGUACCGAAUUGCGGCUCGAAAAGCUACUAGAGCCGAAGUUUGUACUGUGCAUACAACGGCUCAUUAUGAAUGGGUUCAAUCCUUGAAUGAUAUGACUUCUGCACAGCUCAGAAGCCUUAGCGCUAGCUUUGAUGCUGGAAGAAAGUCCCUCUAUGUCGGCAAUCUGACAGCCGAGGCUGCUUUAAUAUCAGCAGGUUCGGCAAUUGAAACCUGUAAAUGUGUUGUAUCCGGCAAGGUUAAAAAUGCAUUUGCUGUCAUCAGACCUCCUGGCCAUCAUGCUGAGCAAAAUGAGGCCAUGGGAUUUUGCAUAUUCAAUAAUGUGCCGAUUGCGGCAAAAGUCUGUUUAAGAGAAUAUCCCGAUAUUUGUCGCAGAAUACUAAUUCUUGAUUGGGAUGUUCAUCACGGGAAUGGAGUUCAGAAUAUAUUCUACGAAGAUCCAAAUGUUCUCUACAUUUCUAUUCACGUUUAUCAGAAUGGACAAUUCUAUCCAGGUCAACCGGAAGACGAGAGUCUUCCAGAUGGCAAUAUUGACAAGUGUGGUAGAGGUGCAGGCUUAGGUAAGAAUGUUAAUAUUGGCUGGGCAGAUCAGGGGGUAGGUGAUGGCGAGUAUAUGGCAGCUUUUCAGAGAAUUGUGAUGCCCAUAGCCCAGGAGUUUGAUCCUGAUCUUGUUAUUAUAUCUGCUGGAUUUGAUGCUGCCGCUGGAGAUGAAUUAGGCGGAUGUUUUGUCACCCCAGCUUGCUAUUCUCACAUGUCACACAUGCUUAUGUCUCUAGCAAAUGGCAAAGUAGCCGUGUGUUUAGAGGGUGGUUAUAAUCUGAGCGCCAUUUCCAGGUCAGCUCUAGCAGUCGCUAAAACUUUAAUGGGCGAGCCUCCCGAGAGGAUGACCAUACCGCCUCUCAACAAGGACGCAGCUUACACAUUAGACAAUGUGAGAAGAAUCCAAGCUACACACUGGGACUGUAUGCGACCAGGUGUUAUUCCGUUUCCAGACUUUAAGGAUAAAGAUCUACAGCGAGUUUCUGAAGUUGCGCGAGCUGCGGACAAAAACAUAUUUGCUGAAAAAUUUGGAAUGGUUCCCCUAUAUAUUCAAAAGACAACUAGUCAUAUCACCAGAAAUAUGGUGUUAGCCUCCCCUGAAUUACAUAAAGCGAAGAGAAUCUUUAUGAUUAUUCAUGAUCCUCCCGAACUCCUGGCACAGUUGGACCCUUACACAAGUUUAGCUUACGCGAACAGUUCAUAUUUGUCCAAUGGACUCUUAAAUUACUUGACCUGGGCCGCUGGACAAAAUAUGGCCAUAAUAUCUGUUUCCUUCUUACGGCAUAAGAUCACUUCAAGCGAUGCAGCUACCUAUAACCAGUCAUCAAUUUCAGAAACCGAAUUAUCCGAUCUUGCUAAGGAAGUCCUUUGUUACAUUUACGACAAUUAUAUCGAGCCACAUUCCUUAGCAACUGCAACUACACCGCCAACAUCCCUUUGUCUUGUGGGAGUUGGUAACGCCUACCGCGGAAUAAACCGGUUUUUGUCGGCACGUGGCUGUCGCCGUAUGGUAACUAGCGUGCUAUGUUUUGUAAGCGGGAGUCUUCGGCCUGUGAGCAGCGAGACGGAUCCAGGAUUGAGCACUUGGUAUCGUAGCCAUAGCCGAAUUUAUGUUGGUGAAACACAUACCGUCUGGAAUCAUGACGAUAUAGUGCGCAGGAUUCAAAAGAUGCGGUUUGGUAGCGUAAUUAAAGCUAUUGGUUGUAGUAGUGUUGACUCCAUGCUUAAGUUGUAUCUACCUGAAGCAAUCAAUUUUAUCAACGAUAAAAUUGCAGCAUGGAAAGACCUGAACUCGUCUUACCUUGGUGACCCGGAUGAAACUGAGGAUGAAGAAAUGACAGGAUGA